AUGAGAGCUGUUGGCCAUCCUGGGUCAACUUUGAGCAUGACACCAUGGCAAGAAUGUGUGCAAAUCAUUUGCAACCUGAGGCGAAGAGACAACAAGAAACUUCAACGACAAAAGCGCGUAUUGGAAGGACAAUCUGAGGCAGUUGAAUUCCUUGGAACAGAUGGAAAAUCCAUGUAUGAUGGCACUAUCGCAAAGGGAUUCUUAUUUGAUUACCUUGCUGACAAGCCAGAACCAAGGACCACUCACAAUUCAUUUUGUAUCUUGGAUGAUGACGACGAAUUUGAAUUUGUUCCUGAAGUCGGCUGGGAUACCAACUGGUCUACCCAGCUUGCAAAUUAA